UCUCUCCUCUCCCUCCUCCAGUCUCAGGCAUGGCGUGAGUCGAUUCAGCCCAUUCAGCGUUCACCAGUUCGUCUGAUCACUUGCUGAAGGGUUUUCUUGUGUCUUGUUAUGUCCAGCUGUAAACCUACGUAGUCACGGUUGAGCAGCGACCGGUUAGUCCAGCUUGCAGAAAUACUGCCUGUGUGAUGAACAUUCACAAUGGGCACAUCGAAAGGUGCUGUCUCAAAGGCUAGUCAGAAGCCCGACUUCUUCGGCUCUAUCAACGAGCGAACAGUGGACGAUAUUUCCCUGGAUUUCUUCUACAAACCUCACACAAUUACACUGUUAACAGUGUCUAUCAUUGUGCUGUUGUACUUCGCCUUCACACGUAUUGUCUCCUGUGGUUUACCAUCCAGACUCUUGGUGGCACCAUCAGUCCACUCUCUGGGAGCUGAAUUUGAAGCUAUCUGCUUGGCAUCCAAAAAGGGCUCUCCAUCUCUGAUGCCAGCCUCCUGUGUGCGCUCAGGAGAGACCUCACUAGAUGAUGCAAAUCUGGAACAGAAUAUGUGGAGUGGCAUCUGCUGCGUGGCAUUUUUCUUCCUCAUCAUCAGUGUCCUCGCCUUCCCAAAUGGUCCCUUCAUUCGACCACACCCAGCUGUGUGGAGGAUAGUCUUUGGCCUGAGUGUGCUCUACCUUAUGGGCCUCCUGUUCCUGCUUUUCCAAAACUACACUACAAUCAAGAAUGUCAUGUACUGGUUCUACCCAAAGCUGCAGAAUUUCUCCAUAGACUUGGAAAAGGAGUAUGGUGUGAACUGCUCAGACAUCACGCUGGAGAAGUUGUGGGCCCAUAUGGAUGUGUUUGCCUUUGGACACUUCUUUGGCUGGGCCAUGAAGGCCAUACUGGUGCGGCACUAUGGCAUAUGCUGGACAAUAAGCGUGACUUGGGAGAUCACAGAGAUGGCUUUCGCACACCUGCUGCCCAACUUCAAGGAGUGCUGGUGGGAUGCCAUUGUGCUGGAUGUGCUUUUGUGCAAUGGUUUGGGCAUCUGGUUUGGUAUGCGCAUCUGUGAGACGCUUGAAAUGCGCACCUACAAAUGGGAAAGUAUUAAGAACAUUCAAACUACAACGGGAAAGAUUAGGAGAGCGCUGCUGCAGUUUACACCUGCCAGCUGGACACAUGUGCGGUGGAUGGACCCUACGUGCACCUACAUGCGGUUCCUGGCUGUCACGGAGCUAGUCAUUUUUUGGCAGGUAACGGAAUUGAAUACAUUCUUCUUGAAACACAUUUUCGAGGUGCCCCCAGACCACCCGCUGAGUGUGGCAAGGUUAAUGCUCAUCGGUAUCAUUGUGGCGCCAACACUGAGGCAGUACUACAGCUACGUUACAGACACAAGAUGCCGACGAGUGGGCACACAAUGCUGGGUAUUUGGUGCCAUCAUGCUAACAGAGGCCAUAAUCUGCAUAAAGUUUGGACUGGAGCUCUUUGCUCAAACACAGAUAGUGAACAUCCUGCUCUGGGUUUUUCUGCAGUUUGUUAUGAGCGUCGCUUGUGUCUAUGGAUGUGUUCUUUACGCAAAUUAUCAAGGAAAGUAUCACGAUGGUGAGGAGGUCACUACAGCGGACAAUUUGACUCAACCAUGUGACAGCAGUGCUGCCGAUGCAACCGCAUAUGAGGCCGGCGAUGCUGUGUUGAAACCACCUUCGCCAAAUGAGCGCACCGUGCAGCGACGCAAGCAAAAACACGUGAAUGGAUCCCUGUAAACCCAGUGACCAUUGAAUGGUCACUUCAAUUGCCCUUCAAGGCACUUGUCCUUUAAUAACCAAAGAGAAUGCAUCCAACGCACAUUGUUGAGACAGCUGAUCAACAAAAGACUGGUUUGAACUGCUCAACUCAACCUAGGACACUGUGCUUAAGAACUGUGACCGUUAUCUUUUCCUUAGGCUUGAUUUUUUUAUUAUUCCCUGUUGUGUGACAAGUGACUUGUGUGGAAGAAUGCUGUUAAGGUUGAAAGAACUUCAGUACACUGGCAUAUAGGAGGCAGAUAUGGGUAUGCCCGUUGAGAAAAACCUUACCUUUUUCUGAAUGGGGAAAGGGGGCAAAAAUAUUUGAAAUAACUUUCAUUGCACUUUAUAGAAAGCAGGAGUGUAUUGCGUAACAGUUCUGUAACAUACCCUCGUCACAGUGUUAAGCUUGAAAAGCUUCGUCCAUGGUAGAGUAGCUUGUAUUAUAUUUUGUUAUUGUUGCAGCUUUAGUUGUUACAUGCAGGAUAGUGAACAUUAUUCCUGUCCUUGCUUUCCCUGUACAGAUUGAAUUACUACACAGUCAAUUGCCACAAUGUGAUUGAAAUUGACUCCAUAGAAAAUGUGUGUUGAAGUGUUGUGUUGUCGGGGGCUAGAAUCGUUGCCGAGUAACAUAAUCAUCAACAUGUAUUUUCUGUUCAUGGUGUUGAAGAGCACAUAUCACAUGCUCUGUGGAAGUGUUCCUUGGAGAAGUGAACAUGCAGAAAUGGCAACAUUCCAUUGAGGAUAUCAGUUGCAUUUGGGGUAGAAAGAAGGGAGUAGUCAUGGAAGCAGCAUAAACGAACUCAUUUUAGAAACAGGAUGCAGCUUCCCUGCUUGAAUGUGAUGUAUUAGGUAAACUGCUCACUGAGAUGGUGAACCACUUUGCUGAAAAUACCCUCUCUGGCUUAUAUACUCCUGUGAAGAGGUGUUCUUUACAAAGCACCUAUAGGCUGUCUUGCUAAACAAAGAUAGUUAUUUGAUAUUGUGAUCGACUUCAGAUAACCUGAAUGAGAUUUCAGCUGUCUGGUUUUGUUUAUGAAAUUUCACUUUAUGGUAGAAGAUGUCGCUUUAUGCAACCACACCUGUUCAUUGGUAUACACCUAUCUUUAUUGAAAAAAAUAAGACACAAACAAAAAUUGAAUCUCCAGUUGGCGUUCUGCUGCGCCAUAGUCAAACUUCGUUGCUGCACCAUGAAACCCUAACAAAAGCUCUCCAUUCAAAGAAAGAGCAAUUGUAGGAAACCGCUGAUGGCUACCUUGAUUGGCCUGGAUGACUGGAGUCAGGGUAAGGCUCAGUGUACAUUGAAGUACCAUGAACUUGUCACUCUGGAAGUGCAAGGGAUGUCGCUAUAGAUGUCUCAUUGAGAGACGGCAAAACUGUGAUGUCGGGACAUUUAUGCCGUGAGCGUGCCCAAGAUCCAAGAGACCUGUGCCAAAGCAUGGAAUUGCUUUUAAUGAAAUGUUGGCUGAAAUGAGAAGUGUUAGCAUGCAGUUUACACACAGCAAAGCUUGACAACCAACCUCUGUUAAGUUUCAGGUGCUUGGCAGUGACUUGGUCAGCAUCAACAAGAAAAUCAGGCAAUGCACUUUGCUAAAAAUUUGAACAGAUUUAAAAUCUGUACCCUUACAUUGCUGGAUUGGAAAAAAGAAAAGUUGUGCACACCAGUGUGUGUAAACGUUUCACAAUGUUACACCACACACAAGGGUGUGACGUGUGUAGGCCAAGUGGUGCAUGCAACUGGUUUUAACAUGCCCACAUACAAAAAGUUGUAAGAUAGGUUGGGCAUGUAGUGCUGUUUUGAUAUUGUCUUGUGGAUGUCAUUUCAAGACUGCAGCCAUGGCAUGCUGUCAGUAAUGAUUUUCAUGCAAUUUUGCAUGCCCUGGAGUUGCUUAUCACUGGGUCUACCAUUGUCUUGUGCAUGUUUGUGGCUGGAACACAAGUGUCUUCGUAGAAGAAAGAAAAGACAAAAACCGAACAAACAAUGAGUGCCAUUUUUCACCUAGUAUAGUGUACUGGUUAUGGUGAACACGAAAUGUACACAAGAGUGUUUUUGUGCAUGCAUUUGCUUUAAAAAGAAAACUUAUCUUGGAAUGGCUUGGAGGGUUCCUUCACAAAAUAGAGCUUAAUUGCCAUGUGCACUAAAUGUUCCCAGCCAGUUUCACACAAGAAUUAGAUGUGUCAAGUCCCUGCUUUGGUUCUGAUCUUGGUGGUCUUCCACUGUGAUCAGCACUUAGCUGAUCUUCAAGCGGUUAGGCAAAGCGAUAUUCCUGAUGUAAGAUUCCUCAAGACAGCCUUCUUUCUAUACAUAGCAUUCUGCCUUUAAAGAAGCUGAUUGAGAAACAACAAAGUAUCACUGCUUGGGCUGUGCUUCUUUCCUGUUCACGCUUCUGGUGCAAGACCUCUGGCAUCAACAGUGCUUAGCACAAGCUUGACAGCUAUUAUCACUUGCCCAUGUACAUAUAUGGGCAGCUCACCUGCUGCAUAUUUCCACUCCCAUGCUAUGUUGUCACGUCCUAUGAUUGGGUAUGUCAGUUUCGAGCACCUUGUGUGUUCUUCGGCAGAGCAUGUUGCUGUUUGGCACCAGCAACUAAAUAUGUUAUCAAAUGUUGCGGACUUGUUUGAACACAAGGAAGCACUGCAGGUACCUUACACUUGUGAUGGAGUCAAAGCUAGCAGCAACAGCCCACUUGUAUACUUCUGUCAUGUGUUUGCAGUCGUUGCCACGUGGUGUCUCAAUGUUGCCACUCAGGUCGUGACAAUGUCUUGCUGUUCGACUCAAGCGCACACUGUUACUUGUGACAUGCUCAUAGUCAAAUCUCCGCCUUUAGUUCUACAGAAUAAUUUAUGCCUGGCCAGCAGUAAUAGUGUCUUUCACAUUUAAAGAAUUGAACAGUAGUGUCACUCACUGAAACAUGUGAAGGUUAGAAAGAAUUUGACUGCUGUUUAUGCUUUUAACACCAGUCUAUUGUUUCUUUUGUCAUUUGCAUGUGUACAAGAGAAAAACGAUGCAGACUCUUUAUUCUCGAACAAGAACAAAUAAAGAAAAGUUAUUUAUCUGC